GACGCGUCUUCCACUUCAUUUCGCUUGCAACUUUCAUGGGAUGAGGAUCGGGUGGUAUCGUCAUUGAAGUCCGAAAUAGAAGAUACUUAUAUCUGGGGCUGAAGCUGGGAGCCGUUCUUGUUUGUUAGUUCCUCAAGUACAGGCUUACCUGCAGAUGUGGAGCAAGUCUUAUCAGCAAUACCCGUGGUUCUGUGAUUCCCUGCGCAUCCACCGGGAGCUGUACGGCCUGCACCAGACGUUCAAGUGGCUCCACCUGACAGUGGCUCUGCACUCGUACCUGGUCUAUAUGUCCUUUGACGGAUUGCAUCACUGAACUCGCAACACCUAAUAGCCGUUUUAAUUUUUGUUUGCGUUUUGGCAAACGUAGGUUAUCUCCUGCCACCCGUCCGGUCCGUCCCGCGACCCGCUCUGUAUCGCUCCUCUGCUCCGUCUGAACUAUCCGGACCGUCGGCGUCAUGUCUUCACUCCUGUUGGCCCGUCCGUCCGUCCGGCUGCCGCUGCUGGCCGCCGGCCGGCGCGCGCUCUCGGCUCGGCCGGCGGCGCCGCAGCCGGAGGCGCUCUCCGUGUUCCUCUCGCAGUCGCACAACGUGUUCACCAACCUGGCGCUGGAGGACUGGCUGUACCGCAACUUCCGAUUCGGCCGGCACAACCUGUUGAUGGUGUGGCGCAACGCGCCCUGCGUGGUCAUCGGCCGCCACCAGAACCCGUGGCGCGAGGUGGACACGCACCACCUGCACGCGGCCGGCAUGCCGCUGGCGCGCCGGAACAGCGGCGGCGGCACCGUCUACCACGACCUGGGCAACCUCAACCUGACCUUCUUCAGCGCGCGCGAGCAGUACGACCGCUCGGCCAACCUGCACCUGGUGGCCGACGCGCUCCGCCAGGGCUGGGGCUUCGACAUCACCGUCAACGAGCGCGACGACAUCCUGCUCGACGGCGCCUUCAAGGUGUCCGGCACGGCGGCCAAGCUGACCAGGAACACCGCCUACCACCACCUGACCCUAAUGGUGAACGUGGACACGGACAGCCUGCACCGGUCGCUGGAGCGGCCCCUGCACGGUUUGAAGAGCGGCGCCACGGAGUCCGUUCCGGCACCCGUCCGUAACCUGGCCGACGGCGCGCCCAGCGUCAGCAUGGACAAGAUCGUGGCGGCCAUCGGCCAGAUGUACCUCAAACAGGCUGGCAAACAGGCCAGCAGGGGCUUCCAGAUGGUCAACCCCUCAGACGAGUGGUUCCCAGGUCUGGCCGCGCUGGAGGCCGGUCUGGCCGACCCCGGCUGGGUGUACGGCAAGACGCCGCGGUUCUCGCACACGUUCCGUCUGGCGGCCUGCUCGAACGUCGAGGUCGAGGUGCAGGUGGAAAAGGGUCUCAUCACGUCCGUGCAGCCGCUGCCGCCCGACAACAGCGCCGGUGUGAGCGGCACCGAGUGGGUGCGUUCGAUCCUGCCCUCGGCCUUCCCGGAGCUGCUGGCCUCGCUGGUCGGCGAGAAGUAUUGCGCCGACAUCGCGCGCCGCACCGAGACGCUGCUGCUGGGACACACCGGCUCGGCCGACACAUGCCGCAGCGACCGGCGCAUCCUGGCCAUGUAGAACGGGCACAGCUGGGGACGGAGGGUGCAGACAGGGGGGACAGGGGGGAGACGGCGACCGGCGCACUCUGGCCUUGUAGGGUGGACAUAGGGGACGGAGAACUGGCGCCGGAGCCACAUCCAACGGGCUCCACAAGUAGGGAGUCUGAAGGGGAGGGUCGAAAGGACGCGGACAUGGUGAUUGAAAACGAGUGAUUCAAACCGACUGAUUAGAAUGACAUUAUCGAAGGUAAACAAUUGUUAUUUGGUGUUAUUUAACCAUAUUUUAAUCAUACACCAGAAUGCAAACUGUUUGGAUUGUGCGUAUGAUAAUUGUUUUUUUUUUCGAAAUGUAACAUGUUUGUGGUUUGCGGCUUGUUCUCGUUGGGACGGUUUGUUUGAUGUGAAUCUCGCCUGAUUGGUGCGUCCGGCGUUUGCCACCCCCACUUUGUCCCAUCCCCUGGCGCCCUGUGCCCCAUGUCACGUGGCGGAACAAACAGUCGUGCCUUAUGUCAUCCGUGCGGCCUUUUACUAAUGGCAACUCUGCUGCUUUUCUGUCGGUGGGGGGCGCUCGCUGCACAGUGUGCCGCGCUGACUUUACUGGAGCUGUAUUUAGGGCCUUGACUGGAGCCACUAUUUCCGUUACUUUUAAGAGCGCUGCGUCUAUAUUUCGUUCUGUCUGGGAUCGGGUCUCUGAUUUUGAGCGUGGUCCCGGGACGGCCGGCGGGAGCAGUCCGAUUCUAGUGCAACUGGGGUGAGGGAUCUGGGCCAUCGGCCUCCAAUACUGCCUCCCUUUUGGGAGCUGCCCGUGUUUACACUGAAAUAACUAUGCUCGCGGUAUGAUGUGUGAUUGAAUAAUGUGUGAUAUUUUGACGUGUUGUGUCCCGUUUUAAGGCAGUCACAGAUGUAAUAAACGGCUGAUUUGAGCAGUA